GGUCACUGAGUGUCGGCUCCCUACGCGCGCGCCCCGCGAUGGGGCCCGAGCUCCGGCAGGCGGGGGGAGGGGCCGCUGUCACGACGCUGAGUGAUCUAGCGGAUGUCUGAAAGUUGACUUGAGCAUAAGCAGUGAGAUGUUUUGCCAUUUGGGGGCUGUGAGGAGGUUGUGUCUGGAGAAAAUAUUGCUACAGUGGGUUCUUCAGACAAGAUCUUUGUCAGGUGCUGAAGCCGUCAAUGCUCUCAGACCUUUCUAUUUUGCUGUGCAUCCAGAUUUCUUUGGCCAGCAUCCCAGAGAAAGGGAAAUCAAUGAAAACUCUCUUAAGAGGUUAAAUGGCUAUUUGGAGAAUCUCCAGAAACCAGGAUUUAAGUCUUUUAAGCCAACUCAACUCACUUUUUAUGUGAGAGAGAGAGAACAAAACUCUUCUGAUGUCCAAGAAUCCUUCAGUGCUGCAGGUUUUCGAGCCGUCAGUUUUACUUUGCACACCAGGGACUUAUUAAGCACAGUAUUGGACAUUCUCAACUCCUGCAGCUUAUCUACUGAGCAUGUCCAAAGCGUGAACUCUCAGCCUCACAAAGAAGUAAAAGGGACGUUUUACAGGCCUAUCAAAUGGGACAAGACUUACUACUCAUUUACUGGAUUCAAGGAUCCUGAGGAAGAACUAGAACAAGCCCAGAGGGUGGAAAUUACUCUAAUCUCCUGGUUAGAUAAUAGUGAAAAAAGUGCAAUAAAGAAGCUGAGAAAGAGCUUACCACUUCGGGAAGAACUAAACCGUUUAAAAGAUGAACUCACUCAUCAGCUACAGCUCUCUGAUAUCAGGUGGCAAAGAAGCUGGGGUAUUGCCCAUCGUUGUAGCCAGCUACACAGUCUAGGUCGUUUAGCUCAGCAGAGCCCAGAAGUAUUAAGGAACGUUAAAGGACACACAGUAGUAUUCACGGACUGUUCAGGUAUGAGUGCAACAGGCCAUGUCAUGCUAGGCACAAUGGAUGUUCACCACCACUGGAUCAAAAUUUUUGAGAGAUUGCCUAGCUAUUAUAAACUUCAAAAGAAGAUGCUGCUUUUGGAGGACCGUAUAAGUCAUCUUCUAGGAGGCAUACAAAUAACAUACAUUGAAGAGCUGCAACCACUGUUAACUCUUGAAGAGUAUUACACCACUCUUGAUGCUUUCUAUAAUAGAUUGCUUAACAGUAAACUAUCUUUUCACCCUCGUAGUCUGCGUGGCUUGCAAAUGAUUCUAGAAAGUGAUAGGUAUGCUCCAAACUUGCAUGAACUUGGGCAUUUUAACAUCCCAACAAUGUGUGAUCUAGCAACCCUUCAGUGGUUUAUUAUUACCAAAGCACAGCAAGCAAGAGAGAAUCUGAAAAGAAAGGAAGAGUUGACAGUGAUGGAAAAAGAGCUAAUCAGUGCUUCCACUGAAAAAUUUUCUCUGAAACAGCUGUAUAAGGAACCAAGUAUUUCCCAUGCACAGAUGAUAGAUUGUUGUAAGCGACUGCUGGAAGAAUCGCUCCCAUACCUGCAAGGUAUGCACCUCUGCAUUUCACACUUUUACUCAGUGUUGCAAGAUGGAGACCUCUGUAUCCCUUGGAACUGGAAAAGUUGAGGCCUGUCUAAUAAUCAGAGGAACUGUCUAUUUUCUCUGAGGCUAUAAACAUGAAUUAUUUUCUUUUAGAGUAAAUUAUUUAAACAUGUAUUUUGAUAUCCGUAUUCUAACUAAUCCAAGAACUUUCUUUUUAAUUGCUGCUCAGAAAGUAGAACUUCAGUUCUAGACAGCUUGCUGAAUAAUGUACAUUAUUGCCUGUUCAUGCCUAAAAAUUCUGUACGGUUUCCAUACUCCUCUACAAGUCCCAUCAUCGGGAAGGGGUAAUGAAAGGGCAUUUUUGAUAGUUAAACAAAACUUUUGAAUUGGAUUUGAAGGUUACAAAAAGAGUUUUGGUUUGUUUUUCAUAUACAUGAAUAUUCCAGGAUGGAUUUUGUUAAGUUCAUAGAAAUUGUACCUCUAAAGCCAAGCACUAUGUACUAUCUAAAGUAGGUAAUUAACUGGAUUCAAAAAUUAAGAAAUAUCUUGUCAAAGUAGUUUUAGGGGCGGCAAAGGCAGUAGAAGUAAUUCUAGAGUUCUUCAUAUAUCAUUAAUUAUCUGGUGCCAAUAUUGUAGUUACAUAUUGCUGUAUAUCUUACUGUAUAAGAAAUAUAGAAGGAAAAAUCCAUCAGUGUUUUUAUUAUGCAGAUAGGAACAGUACUUUGAACAUUUGUUUAAGAGGAAUUUAUUUUAAAUGUCAAUCCAAUAUCUGCCCAUUGUAGUAGGUGUUUACACUUUCAAAAUGACAUCCUCUUGGUAAAUAUAUCUCCAAUCUACAUUAUUGUUACCAUAAUUUGUUACUGGAGUAUAAGAUGCAUCAAUUGUUUUUAAGUACACUGUAGCUACGGGCAUGAUUGUGAAACUCUUACUCACACUGGUGAGCACUGAUUUGCAUGACUAGUCCCGAUGAAGU